AUGGGUGCUCAGGCAAAACUAGGCAACUUGUAAGAUCUGAUAUUUCUUUGUCAUUGGUUAGAUCAGUUCAUUUACUAGACUGUCUAGCCACCCCUCCUUGCAAUGUCGGUGCAUAUACUAGUGCCAGAUCCUUCUACUUCACACAACUGGACAGAUCUAUUGAGUAGCACACCAUCAGCCAACGAUACAACGCCUGCAGUCAACAUGUCAUCAACCUCGGCUGUUUCACAGACAUUUACGGAUAUUCCUACUCUGGAACCAAACUCAACAGAACCUCUUCCACCAUGCCUGUGGAUUCUGUAUGCAGAAAUAGGCAAAUCAAAUAUCAGAGUGUGGGAUGUGAUGCUUCUCGUUCCGAAUGCCAUCUUCCUACUCUUCCUGCUUCUCAGGUCAAAGGUUGCAGUGGCCAAGUUGCGCCAAACCAAUAGACCAAUUUUUGUCACAUUCUACAUUAUGGCCUUUGUUGCAACUAUUGUAAGUGUCAUCCGAGCUGCCGUGUCAAUGAUUGUAGAUGCCACAACAGUGACAGGAGAUAUAACAGACACAAUUCUGUGGUUAGCAGUGAGGUUUGCACUCCUCUCCAUUGAGCUGUGUGUGGUCAUAUUUGGAAUAGGUUUCAGUCACCUUGAUAGUCGGUCGAGCAUCACACGCAUUCUCCUCAUUACAUGUGUUAUCUCCUUAUGCUAUUCGGUGGUUCAGGGUUGCUUAGAGGUUAAAUAUCCAGACCACCAUUAUAAGGCUCCAAAUGAACAUGAUAUAUUUACUCAUGGGGGUAUGAUCUUCUGGUGUGUAACCUCAUCAAUAUUUUGCCUGGCAUAUAUAAUUGUCUUCUUACUGCCUUAUACGCCAGUGAAAAAUAGAAUACAACUACCGGCAAAGAGAUCUUUUUACUGCUACGUAGCAUCAUUAACAUUACUCAACUUUAGUCAGGCCAUAGGAAGUGGUCUUGUUUAUGGUGAUGUCCAGCCAGCAAUAUGCCUUGUAGACAUCACCUCGUUCCUGUACUUUACCUGUUUUGCACCUUUAAUUUACAUCACAUUCCUUCAUAAUUUUUUUCAAGCAUCUAAGCAACUACUCCUGCUUUCAUAUGCCUCCCAACCCGACGAGAACGAUGACGAAACCCACCACUUGCCCUACUCGGUCAGCAGAGACGACACAUUGAGCCAGUCUCUCUAUGAUAGCACCGAGUUCGGCCAGGGCAGUCUUCCCGCUAUCUCCGGUCAACUCGCCUUCAACAUCAAUGCUCAAAUUGAACCUUUACCCCAUGAUCUCGGCGACACAAAGGGAUAGUCAUGGUCACAGAGAUGUAAAGGAACUAAACUAAAUCAACUCCAUCACCUUAUUUGAUCAAAUCCAGAUGUCAUAUAUAUAUAUAUAUAUAUAUUAUGUGUAUACCAAGAACUGUGAUGGUAUCGUACUCAUAGAUGUUAUAUUUUACCAUUUUUUCAAAUUUUCGUGUAUAUUGUAUUUGUUAUUCUUAUUAUUGGUAAGUGUUGUUGUACUUAUUAUGUUCUUUGUUGUUAUCAACUCUGGGAUAGAGUAAAUUUUUCAUCUUUUGUACUUCAUCAAAAUUUACAUCUUGAAAUUUAUGUUUAAGUUGUAAGUUGAAAGAGUCUGAUGUUAUUUUUCAUUCAUACUUUGUAAAAGGUACAAUUGUGUAAUAUAUUUGUCAUUCAUAAAUCCUAAGGAUGAAUUGUUGUUUUACUCAGCUGGAAAAUGUAAAAAUGGUGACAUGAUAACCAAAGACUUGAAAGAAAUUGACGAAUUCCAAUUUUGUUUGUGGAAUUUUGUUACACAUUAUAUACGGUACAUGAAUUUUAAUCAUGAACAAACGGUGCAUUAGGAGAGUUUUUAUUCCACACAGUAUGGAAUGCAUCCAAAGGUUUUAUAUAAGCAGAGUGUGCUUUAGACCGCUAGUGAAUUUGCAGUUUCUUUCACAUCAUUAUAUUACAGUUUAAGAUUUUUUAUUUCAUUUUUUCUUCUUGUCCAGAUAAUGACAAUCCACAAAAAAAAAAUUAGAAUUAUUACAUCAUAGGAUGGCGAUAUGAAUCCUUAUCAAAUGAAAUGAUAAUCAUGUGUAAUGCACUUUUUAAAGCGUCAACCAUGCAAUAUUAAGAUGUGAGGAUGAAGCAACGUAUGUGGACAUGCUUGUGUUCCUAGUUUCUCUGCCACUUUACUUGAAUUUAGGAUUCAAAUCUACAUUUUGAAAAUAGUUCUGUAGCACACUUGAUGGUUUUUGAUGUCUGGGCAUGAUGAAGCUGAUGUUUAUUUACAGUUGUCUACUAUUUACAGUUGUUUACUUUUUGCCAAGCAAGCACAGACAUUUAAAGAGUACCGAUUUAUUUCAAAUUUGUGAAGUACUGAGUACGGUAAUAUGAUUUUGAUUAUUAUGUGUUAUGUAAGUGACAGUAGAAAAUAUUACUGUACAAAGGACAAUUCAGAAGAACAAUGGCGAAAAAUUCCUCCAAUGUUUCAAGUUUCUUUUUAUUAAAUAAGCUAUUACUAUUAGUCAUCACGACCUUGACUUUUUUUUAAUCAUUACAUGGAUUGCUUAUUUUCUAUUAAUGUAAAAAAAAGUUGAUGCACAGUUAUAUCUUGGGUACAAACUUGUGUGAUUUUUUAUUGAGAAAUUAUGAAUUUCCAAACAUGCUUUAUCAUGUGAUCUCUCUAGUGUUGCAUAUUUAUUUCAAGAAAAUUAUUAUAUCACAGUUUUAGCCGAGCUUCAUAGGCUGUUCAGUCCUUGUGCAAAAUAUGAAGAGGGUGUUUGGUUACCUGAUUUAAGAGUAAAAUCAAAAUACUACCAAAAACAACUAAUCUUUAAGAAACAUCUGUAAGUGAAUUUAUGACAAAUCCCUAAAAGUUAGACCUCAUAUCUGCCGAUGAAGAUGGCUUAGUGGUAGAGCAGUGGUCUUGUAACCGGGAGGACCCGGGUUUGAAGCCAAGUGGAUGCUCAUGUGCCCUUUGGUAAGGCAUUAAUCCCCAUUACCAAGUCCCACGGAAAGGUCUUAAAGCCAUCGUUCUCCUGGCUGCUUACCUACAAGCAUACAAAUGCUUUCUUAGCAGUGAGGUAAACUAUUAAUAGAAAUCUUCUUGUAAUUGUAUAGUUUUGACAAUUUAAAAGCUACGAUCAUAUUUAUCUGAUUAAGAGUUAUAAAUACUUAUCAUCUGCUGAGAGUCAGGAGGGCAGGUGCAGGAGGGUGUCCACUUAAUGUCAAAAUAGAAGUUAUCGGUGAUGGCAUGUGGCUCUUUGCAGACGAUAUAUGUUUCUGACUACUGGUAUUGCAGGCAGUAUCGAUGGUGUGAUGUACUGUUUUUAAUUAUGAGCCAAUUUAUUUCUUUGAACAGUGUAUGACUACUAAAACUAACAUACCUAAUUUUCAUUUACAUGUAUCAUCUUUUUCAUAAGAGGCUCAGGUUAAGAAGAAUUUAAAAAAAUGUAGAUUAAUUAACUGGACAUUUCAUCACACAGAAAGAAAGAUAUAGCAUUAAAGCACAUGUUCAUUCAUAGUCUUUAUAUACUGGAUAUAUGUUUUCCUACCUUAUAUGACUGGGAUAUAUCUUUACCUUCCUAAUGAAAGAAUAAUAUGUGUUUUUAAUUUGUAUGCGCUGUCAUACCUCGCAUCUUGAAGGAAGUUAUGGUUACCAUAGUAGACCAAAGGAAAGACAGUUUCUUAUUUUAUGUUCACUCGAUCUUGCCGAGAAAUCACAUUGAUUUGAAGAACUUGUUAUGAAUCAUUACUUUAAGUAAUCUAGGUUAUAAUAUGAAAAAUGGAUACAAAUAAAGAGUCAUUCUAUUGUAACAAUGA